AUGAACACGCAAUUCCACGGGGCGAUAUCCGGCCGGAACGUCGUGGCAGCUCCGACGGCGCAAACCCAGAACUUUUAUUUCAACGAUGACCAAAAACCCACCGAACCAUCUAGCCCUGUAUCUACGGUCCCGUUUUUGCGGGACCCGGAUUUCGUGGAUCGAGGGACAAUCCUUGAACAGAUCAAUCAGAAGUUAUCCAGACCAGAAGCCAGGGUCGCCCUGGUCGGCGUUGGGGGAGUUGGCAAGUCUCAGCUAGCCAUUGAAUAUUCGUACCGAGUGAGAGAAAAAGCCCCCGCAACAUGGAUUCUCUGGAUCCACGCAAGCAAUGCCUCUCGUCUGGAACAGAGCUGUCAGGAAAUCGCAAAGCAAGUCAAGAUUCCCGGUCAUACAGACCCCGAAGCCAACAUGUUCCAACUCGUCUGCGCGUGGCUUCGAGAUAGCCGAGACAAAUGGCUCCUCAUCCUCGAUAAUGUCGACGAUUAUCGUGUUCUCGAGCAGUCUUCACCACCACUGUGGACAUAUCUUCCAAAGAGUCGGACGGGCUCGAUCUUGAUCACGACUCGCGCCAAGCAGGUCGCAACAAGACUCGUUGAAGACAGUGAUACAAUUACCAUCGAUGCAAUGGAUGAAAUUGCUGCCUUGAAUUUGCUCCAGAAGAAACUUGGGACUGGGACUCGGGCUGAGGAGCUGAUUGCGCUUGCCCAAAUGUUGGAUUUUAUGCCGCUUGCUAUUACACAGGCUGCAGCAUAUAUCAAGAGAAAAGCACCGCGUGUUUCAGUUGCUAAAUAUAUGAAAGUAUUUCAAGAAAGCCCCAAGAGGAGUACAGAUCUCCUUACACGCGAGAACCAAGGAGAAAGUCUUCGACGAGACUGGGAGGCAAAGAACUCGCUCCUGAUCACAUGGCAAAUAUCAUUCGAUCAUAUAAGACAGGAGAGACCGUUGGCAGCAGAUCUUCUAUCGAUGAUGAGUCUUUUUGAUCGUCAAGGAAUCCCUGCACGUAUUCUCAAAGGCCAGUAUGAUCGAACAAGUGCGAUUGACCAUGAUGGAGAUGAGGAAGAUUACCAUGUCAUUGGCUAUCCUAACGACGAAGAAAACGGCUCUGUCUUAUCAUUUGACGAUGAGUUCGAAGAGGAUAUCCAGACACUGAGGGAUUUCUCUUUUGUCUCUGUAAAUGCAGACAGAAACACGUUUGCAAUGCAUGCACUGGUGCAACUUGCCACGCGAUACUGGCUUGAGACUCAUGGAAAACUAGACCACUGGAAGCUGGUAUUUACCGAAAGUCUACUGGGCCAAUUUCCACAUUCCGGCCCCAAAACUAGGGAUCAAUGCCAAUCGCUGUUUCCACAUGCACAGUCGGCAAGUUCAUUGGGGCUAGCGAGACUUACAGCCCCGCAAUCUGUACAGGGCAUAAAAGCCAUAACACAAUGGACUUCAUUGCUAUGUCGGGCCGCAGUGCACGCCGAUACGGGGGGCAGAUGGGCGGAGGCUGUGUUAUUGGCGACAAAUUCGAUGAAAGCAAGGCACAAAUUCUUUGGGCCAGAAGAUCCAAGGACACUUGAAUGCUUGGAUAUUAUUGGAAAUGUGCAAGCUAAAUGCGGUCUAUGGAAAGAGGCUGAGGCUACCAGGGUUCGAGUACGAGAAGCGAGAGUCAGGGAGCAAGGAUUGGAAGAUCCGCACACGGUGAAAAGCAUGAUGUUUCUUGCAUCGUCAUACUGGGAUCAAGGCCGAUGGCAAGAGGCCGAAGAAUUGAACUUGCAAGUGUUGGAAAUUGGCCAGAGGGUUCUAGAAGCGGAUGAUGUGAUUAUUCUCACGAGCAUGCAUAAUCUGGCAGCGAAUUACUUCCAUCAGGGUAGGUGGGGGGAAGCCGAGAAUAUGCAGAUCCAAGUGAUGGAAAGCCAGAAGAGGACUGUUGACCCUCUUGAUCUUAGCAUCUUAACAAGCAUGAAUACUCUUGGAACAAUCUACUACAUGCAACAGCGGUGGCAGCAAGCCGAAUCCGUUUUGUCGCAAGUAGUAGAAGCUCGACAGAAGAUCCUAGGCCCAGACAAUCCCGAUACGCUAGCCAGCAUGGGCAAUCUUUCCGGUGUAUACCUGAAACAAGGCAAGCUGAAGGAAGCCGAGGCCAUCGAGCAGCCACUACUGGAAACGCGGAAAAGUCUGCUAGGCAUGACCCAUCCAGACACGCUAUUAGGAAUGCACAAUCUGGCCGCUAUACGAAAAAGCAUGGGUCAACACCAAGAGGCCGAGGCGACGAUGGAAGAAUGCGUGAAAUUGAGAGAGCAGACGAUCGGCGCCCAUCAUCCAGAUACGAUUCGGAGCUCCACGAGACUGAUGGAAUGGAGAGCCCAGAAGCUGAGUUUGAAUAAAGAACCGAUACAAGCAAAUUGA